CUUUUCGCAGUCGGAAUGGACGCAAGAGUAAAACAACCUACAAUAUAUCAAAUGUCAUGACAUAUUAUGGAUUAAAUUGUAUUUUUACGUUUAAACAUCAAAUGCAGUAGAUUUGGUGAUAACGGAUAACAUAGAAAUAUGUUGCUGCCCUCUGAUAUCGCCAGACUUGUCCUUGGCUACCUGCAGCAGGAAGGUCUUACUGCUUCAAGUCGAGCCUUCAUUUUUGAAAGUCCAAACCUGAAAGAGUAUGCAGAGCACAGUUCAGAGGAUGGGAUUAUCCCUGGCUGCGUGUUUUCUCUUUUUGGAAAAAACCUGACUACGAUAUUAAAUGAAUAUGUUGCUGUUAAAGCAAAUGAAACAAGUCAAGAAAAUCAAAUACCGGUUGUAAUGACAUCGUUAUGGAAAAAGCUUGACUUCACGCUCAACCAAAUCAAGUCUAUGCAGAACUCUCCAGCUUUGCAAAUGAAUCAGCGAUUGCGCACUAAACAUCACAUUCAAAGCAUGGCACGCCAGCAGAGACCUAUCUCCGCAUCCCAGUCUUCCAUCACUGGGCACCUGCCAGUGCCUUGCAGUGUGAUAAGCCAGUGUGUCCCCAGCCCCCUGUCAACCCCUCAAGGAAUGUUGGGACAUUCCACCCCAGUGUCUUAUACCUCCCAAUAUACCAGACCCUCCACUCUUUGCCUUACUCAGCUAGGUGAGUCACCACUGCAGAUAUUGGUCCCUGACCAUAGAUUAAACCCAGGACCUUUGUCUCCUGCACGCAGAAAAUGUGAUUCACCAAGGCGGAGAGGAGGUGGUCAGAUGGGUGCCAGUGGAACCAGCAGAAGCACAGUAGUGUCCAGCAAUCUUGUUGUGGAAACUUCUAGCGAAGAGAAUGUGGCAGAGAAUUUAUCUCAAAUAGUUAUAGAAAAUGCCAGAGAAACAAUUCUAAAUGAUAGAUCCUUGCAAGAAAAACUAGCUGAAAACAUCAACAAAAUCUUGGCAAGUGAUAAUAGUCCCCAGGCAUCAAAAGCUGCCUGCAGUACUAUGGAACAGGAACAAUCGAUCGAUGAAAUCCUGGGCCUCCAGGGGGAAAUUCAUAUGACAGAUGUUGCUAUCCAUGACAUACUGGCUCAGACUGAGUCAGAUCCUGCGUUUCAGGCACUCUUUGAUCUCUUUGAUUAUGGCAAAAACAAUGGGGCUGAAGCUAGUGAACAGGCUGAUGGUAGUUUAAGCACUAUUGCACAAGAGAGUAACGAGACCAUGCACAUUGACUGCGCUUCAGAGACAGGAACUACACAGGAAGAUUCCGAACCAGGGGGUGAAAGUAAUGCUAGAAACUUAAGGAGCCAGAAUACUUCUGAGUCAAAAAGCAAAAAGAAUUCCCCAGUCAUUUGUAAUGUAUCCAAGUCUUCUUCCACAGCUCCGCAUCCACACAUGUUAAAGCAAACAGCUACUGGACGUGGACCAACAAAUUUAAAGAGAGGGCUGAUUAGGUCCAGAGCGUUAUCUGGCAAUAAACAAACCAGAGAUGCUACUUCAACCACAAUGUUAAACAAUAAAGCAGAUUCACGUCCAUCUGACCAAAUCGUCUCAAGCUCCUCUUUCACUGAGGAAACUGUUGCCAUGGAGAUAGAUGACCUACAAGACAAAACAUCUGAAAACAUUCAAAAUCCAACCCUGGUACCUCAGGAGUGCUCCCUCAUCAGUAACCACCAAAGUGAUCAAAUUUAUCAAGUCUCGGUGUUAAAUAAGCAACCACAACAAGCAUCCAUUACAGACGCAUUCGUUCCAAGUGAUACACCUGUAAAGGAUACUGGGAUGGUGGCCGGUGGAAAUCCUGGAGCCAAUAUGGAUAUGACAAGAACUUAUGUGGCUGUGCCCUCAGCUCACUUAUCAGAACCGGACUUAUCUGUAAUACCUUCUCACUCCUCAAACAAAACCUCUAUAUCCCCUACAUGCUCACAGCAUACAGACUCAAGCCACAAAGAAGCUCAGCCUUGCCUUUUGAGGUCCACAGCGGGUUCUGUAAACUCGCCAGCUCUUGCUUCAUGUGUCACAACCUCCUCACCAUCUACCUCGCUGUGUGUUUCUGACAGUCAGGCUAAAGAGCCUGACCCCAGUAAAAUUGUGUCUCUGAAAAUUAUACUAAGUGAUGAACAGGAUGGAGAAUCUAGCGAUGUGGCGCUGAACCAGGCUGUUUCCAGUAUCACCGGUGACCGAAUUCCUACCAUCUUCCUGUCGUCUCCUGCCAAAUCUCCUGCCAAGAGUGUGCCCACAUCCUCUGCUGUCACAACACUGGAGGAGACGGCUCAGGCAGUGAAUACCUUACAGGGGAUGGAGGCCGUUGGAUCGUUUGGAACGCCAACGAGGAGCGUUCUGAGCAAUGUGCAGGCUAUCAUUACACGUCCCGUAGGUCAGGAAACAGGUUUUAUUCAGCUGUUGCCUGGUAACCCCUCUUAUGGACCGCAAGGCAGCUAUUUCGUUGUAACUGAUCCGACCACUGCUGAGCAACGGUCAAAUGUAGUGCUGCUUCCAAAUACUGUGUCUCAGGGGACGGUGUCUUCUAGCCCACAUGUGCUAGCAACACCACCUCGCCAGAGGACGGUUGUGUCUAUGGGUCCAAAUAUCUCUCAGAUCGGAUCCACCAUCAUUAUAUCCUCACCGGUUCAGCCUAUGUUACAGAAUGUGAUGGUUCCAGUGUCUGUUGUGGGGCAGAAUACUGUGAAACUUCCCAAUCAGAUGCUGUCUUUGCCGUGUUCUAGCUCUAUAAGACAACCUGCUAAAAUAAUUUCACAACCUAAAGUAGCACCCAAAGAGAACACUGACAUUGGCAAAGCUGGGCUGUCUGGACCUGGGCAAGUUUCAAAACUGCUUCCUAAGACCUCUCAGAGCUCCGACCAGCCAAAGAGUGCCAGUGGAACGAGCCCCAGCCACCGGAGGAUACUGCGCUUUGAAACCACACCCGAAAACACUACAGCUGCUCAGAGUUCCACACAGACAACCACACUCGUCUCCAUUGUUUCAUCUCCCCCAACUCAUCAGGAUAAAGAUAACAAACGGACUGAACCAAACCAGCUUGUGGUGUCUGACACCAGUAAAAAAAGAAUAAAACCAGUUAAACUGCCUGGGGUAAAUCACAAUACUGGUAAGAAAGACUGUGAAAAAUCCAGCGUUCCUCUCCAACAAUCAGAAACCCAAGAAAGUAAAGUGAUUGAAAAGAGAUCAAUAGAUGAAACUGCAUUGAGUGCCAGGACGUUCAACAAAACUGUCAGUGAGCCUCAAAUUGGAUUAGAAUCACAGAAAAAAACACAACCAUCUAACAAGGAUGGUGGAACGGUUUUGAGUGCAAAAUCAUCUGCUCACCAGCCAAUGCUGAAACCAGCCAGCAAUACAAAAAGCAGUACACCGGAAGAACCUCACGUCGAGAGAUUAUCAGACAAAAUCUCUGUACAGGACUCUCCCGGUGUCACAUCAAACAAAGAAAAUGAGUUGGUAGGCUGUCAGCAAGAGCAGUGUCCAACAGCUGAGAACCUUGCCUCCUCUACAGCUAAACCUGCCACAGCAAUAUCAAGCACUUCCGGUAAAAUGUUAUGCAAGACAAGCCCCCUGACUAAACAAGCGGUUGAGAUGCUGCAUGACAUACAGGGUCAAACUCCUCUGAAGAAGCAAGGCGCCAGCUGUCCAGAAAUCCCACUCCCCAGAACACCUGGACCAGUGCGUACACAGGAGGAGGUGACGGAUGGGUUGAGAACCCCGUGUCGGCAGAAACACGGGCGGGAGGGUGAAAGCACACCGAGGUGUCUGCCCCCUCCUGCAACACCUGAUUUGCCCUCUUGCAGUCCUGCCAGUGAGGCAGGCAGUGAGAACAGCAUCAACAUGGCUGCCCACACUCUCAUGAUUCUGUCCCGUGCCGCCAGGACAGGAGGUCCCCUGAAGGACAGUUUGCGUCAGGAAGAGGCCAGUGCUGGGAAAUCCUCCGCCCCUAAAACCAAGAAACGGAAGCAUGUUGAACCCAGUCCUCCAGCAAAGAAAGAGCUGCAGCUUUCUGGCUCCUCGGGAAGUAAGAAAAAAUCUAAGAAACCGAAGAAGGUGCUGGACUCUUUUCCAGAUGACCUGGAUGUGGAUAAAUUCCUGUCGUCUCUGCACUAUGAUGAGUAAUGACGAUAAGGUGGAGCCCCCACUAUUUCAGGGACAUAUCAAGCCAUGUGUGCUAAUGAGGAUGAUGAAACGGCACCACUCCUUCAUAGCUACCUUCUGGUUUUACUUACAAAUUGUGAGAUAAUGUACAUACACUGUAUUAGCCUAGUAAUCAUAUACUAAGAGUUUUACUUUUCAGAAAAAAAUACUGGCCUGGACCAAUUUAGCACUCUUCAAAAAAAGAAAAGAAAAAGAUAAUUUAAGAAAAGGUGUAAUUAUAUUAUACUGCUACAUUGCAUCAAUUGUUUUGUUUAUUGCUUUUUAAUUGCGUUUUGUCUACAUCAGUUGCACCAUGUGAUUAAAUUAUAAACUCUUUCAAAGCCUAAAGGGAUGAUUACCUGUCACCUGCCUCUAGGUGGUAUUAUUGCUUCAAAGCUGGACGUCGGGAGUUAAACAGUUUUUCUUUACUUUAAAAUGUUUAUUAUUUUAUUACAUUUUUUAAUAAAUCAGUAUUUGUUUGAA